ACUUGAUAUAUUAAGAUUGAAAUGUAAGUAUAUCGCGUUUCUAUAGUUCACAAAAUAACAACUAAAUUUGGUUUUUUUUUCGUUUCUAUCGUAGUAUUGUAAGAUUGGCAUAAGUAUUUGGUUGUAUACGUGUAUAUAUAUAUAUAUAUUUUAUGUGUACCUAAACAGUAAACAAUGAUAUUUACGAUAUUGCUCUUCCAAAUUAUGUAUUUAAUAUUUCGAGUAGUUGGUGGAUCUAAUAGCUACUACUGUACGGGUACAAAUAGUGGUAUCGGUGGCAAUAUACAUUUUAAAUGUGUAAAAAAAUUAUGCAACGGUACUUUGUGCGAAACAAUUAUCGACUACUUAGAUAAACCUGGACCGGACGUAACUAUAGAUACCAACAAUAAGGUAUUGUUGAAUCUCGAAAUCGAAAACAUUUCUACUAUUCACGUACUAUUUAUUAACUAUGUUCGUGAUUCAGUAAAUUCAAAUUUUACAACGUAUCGUCUCUUGAAACCAAUCGUUUUAAAAGUCCAAAUAGCUGGACCAAGAGAGUUUUACAAGUUGCGUUUCAUAAACUACGUAAAUGGUGGACCGACAGAAGAAGUGAUCAGUAAAGCAACCAGGAAAAAUUACUUUGGAUGCGAUUCUGGAAGCAUUAACCCCACGUGUGGUAUUCAGUAUUAUGGCUUAAAUGAACCGGUGCCUUUUUCGAAAGGGUUUUGUUGUUCGUGUCUCGAUUCGGUCAAUGCUGCACGUCAACAAAGAUCGUCCGAGGUAGUGAGCAAAAUAAACAUUUCAAUAACGACCAACAACGAUGUUGUUAUUCAACCAAGAGGCGAACAAGAUUGUAAAAACAUCACCAAUAAUAGUCCCAGUUACGCGAAUUCAUAUACUUAUCACGAGAGUGCCCAUUGUUUUAGAUAUAGCGAUUUAUGGUUCAAUGUUUAUAAAGUAGAAAAAUCGGAAACGGUUUUACCACUGACAUUGGAGUUAUUCAAAAAAAGCGAAAGCAGCGUUUACUCUCUCCAACAACAAUGUUUUUCAUCAUUAUCAUCCAACAGCAACCAGACCAUUUUCAAGAAUUUGGUAUCGUAUCGAUAUGAGGUCAAGGGUUUAAAUGAAACAGUCGAAAACGACUUAAUGGCCAUGUUUAUCCUGAUACCUCAGAACGUACCCAAAACUUACCAAUACGGUCUACCGUACUUGAACGAUCAACCGGCCGGAAAGUACCUCGCGAUCCAUCCGAGUAAAAUGUCUAAAAACGGCGGUGUCGAAUGCGACAAAAUCGGAGUGGAACCACGAGGUUUCUACGAACAGCCGGACAGGUGCUAUCGACCGCGGGGCACCUGUCUCGGCGAACAGCCCAUCCAAUUGCUGCUGCAGCGUGAGGCAGACUGCAGCGUGGAACCGUCGGCGGGUGCCGCAAAUGGUCGUUUAUUCAUCGAAGACUAUGUGAAAGGUGACAUCAGUUUCGACGACGUACACGACCACAUUAUCGUGGACCGUCAGCCGGUCUCGACCGAUGCCGAAAUACCCGUGUCCGUGCAGAGCGUCGGAGAGGUCAGACUGGACUACAACGCCGUCAUCAACGACAAGAUUUUGCUCCAGAUAAGCGAGGUACACGCGAUUCUUGACAACGAUUGCAACAACACCGCAAAAUUGCUCGUAUUCGUGACGAAUUUGGGUUUGAAAACAGCAGAUUUCUUCAUUGACACUUCGGGUCCUAGAGACUCGAAAAAAAUCAGAAAAAUACGGGAACAAGCGAUCAUACAUCCCCAGCAGACCGAAAAGAUCUUUUUGGCAUUCGAAUGCCACACCAGCGAAUGCGUCGCGACCGUGCGGUUGUACACCGAACACGCCGCAGACGUCGCAGUGGCGUCCAGAAAAUGCAAGGUCGUCCGAGGUUCCGGUUGCUACUGUCUGUGGCACAGACGGUGCAAGUGUUACCAGGCAGAAUCGCCAUGUGCCGCCGGCGGCAGAUCGUUGAGCCAGGCACAGUACACCGGCGCCGGGUUCCUGGGCGACGUGCCCCCGAGGACGGCGAUCGCCGAGGAGGCCGUCCACGACCGGAACACGCUGGUCGCCAGUCUGAUUUUUCUGAUCGGCUACCUGGCCGCGGCGCUGGUUCUGGGCCUGCUCAAAGCCGUGUCGCCGUACCGCAGCCACUGGCUGUGGACAGUCGAUCUCGGCAAACGGCACCUGGACGCGUACAAAGAACCGGAACUCAGAACGUGCCCGGUGGUCCGGGACGACCACGGUUACUGCGUGCACCCCAUAACCAAGUCCCGGCACAUACGGCUGCUGGACAGGGGACAGGAAUUCGUUACCAACGCGCUGUUCUUCGUCAGCCUGCCGACCGCCAUGGUGUACGAGGCGCACUGCAACCUGACGGGCGAUUGCUGUUUCGUGGCCCAAGACCACUCGUCGUGUUGUAUUGCUUUGUCGGCCCAUCGGCAAUCUCGCGACGAUUUCGAUUUGCCGCUGCAGACCAACAGUUGCGAUUUCCUGCAGGCGCACGGGUCGAAUACGUCGGAAAGCAUCGAAUGACGAACGACGUCGCAUCGUCUUUCUGUCAAAAAUAUUAUAUUAUUGCUAUGUGAUGAAUUCUACCACCACAUUCUCGGGACGAGUCAUAUUCUUUUUCAUCACAGCCGUUCUACCAUCCCGAGACGUUGUUAAAUUAUUCCCAAAAAUCUUUUUGUACCAAAAUAUGAAGACAAUUUAAUUUUCAGGCCAUUAUUAUUUUUUCUCCGACCUGCGCCGAAUAAAUCCGUAGUGAAUUUAAUUUUUAUUUAAUUAUGUAUCAUAUGAAUAAUCGAAUAAUAAAUGAUUAUAUUAUGUUUAUUUUAAAAAUAUAUAUACAGUCGAGUCGCGAUAACUCGAAAAACUUCUAACUCGAUUUAUUUUAUUCCCCUAAAAAUAUAAAUUAUAUUAUAUAAAUUAAUAUAAAUUCGAGUUAGAUAUCUGGAAUCAUACAUAUCUCGAAGCGAAUUUUUAUCUCCCUUCAACUUCGAGUUAUCCCGACUUGUCUGUAUAUAUACCUACCUAGGCUGACGGUUGACAGACGGUAUCCGCUAAGAAUCGUUGUUCGUAUGCUAUGGUCUAUCAUUGAAGUCAAAUUUACCUACUAAACGACGAAGCGCACACACGACAUCUACUUUAUCUGCUACAGCGGAGCUCAUACCCACUUAUUUAUUAUUGUAAUACUAUAGGUAUCUAAAAUGAUAUGUACCUACCUACCUACAACCUACUAUUGUGAUGCUCACGAUUGACGAUAAUAAUGGAAUCAUAAAUUCAAUACAGUGAAACAAUAAAAUAUAUGCAAUCUAAUAUACCUAUAGCAAUAUGUAUUAUGUAUGUGUGAUAUGUCUAUAAUCAUCGAUAUUAUAAUAUUAGACCGAAAAAACGAUUUAAGCACAGAAUAAUAACUAUUCUUUUUUUUAUUCUGUGAUUUAAGCCUGAAUCCUUCUGCCUUCACCUCUCCCGAAACGGUGUCCAUGAUAUAUGGAAAAAAAAAUAAAAAAAAAUAAUUUUUAAAUACCUAGGUAAAUCGUUGUUUGAAAUGUGUAACUUUUACACGAUAG